GGCCUGACGCAGACGUCCUUCGCCUGCGGCGUGUGGGUCGACCAGAGGCGGGCGCUCAGGCCAGAGUUCACGGCCACCGGCGCGUCGCGGUACGCCGCCACGGGAGAAUCUGUGGACUUUGUGUCGGGGGCCGAGCUGGCGAGGCGGCGCGUGAACGCCUUUGUGGCGGACGCGACGAACCAGCGCAUCCAUGACAUACUCCCUCCCGGCUCCGUCCACUCGUCCACGGAGGUCGUCCUCGCCAACGCGCUCUACUUCAAAGGAGCGUGGCGUCGACCGUUCGACGUCUUCACCGCGCCGUUCCACAUCCCAGGCGGCACCACCGUGCGCGUGCCAUCUAUGACGACAGGCCGGUCACAGUACAUCGCUCUCUACCCGGGCUUCAGGGCCCUCAAACUGCCCUACAGGACCGACGGCGAUCGGCAAGCUGCUGCAUUCUACAUGCUUAUCCUUCUCCCGGACAGCGGCAUUCUCAGCCUCACGGAUCUCUAUGACAAGGCGGUGUCGAUGCCAGAGUUCAUAAGGAAGCACACGCCGGAAGAGGUAGUUCCAGUGGGGCAAUUCAUGGUGCCCAAGUUCAAGUUCACGUCUGAAUUUGAUGCGUCCUUGGACAUGCAGAAGCUUGGUGUCACCAGGGCUUUCGCAGGCGGUGACUUCUCAGGCAUGGUGAGCGGUGGGGAUGGGCGGCUCUCCAUCGGUGGGGUGCUCCAUAAGGCCACCAUCGAGGUGGACGAGCAAGGCACCAUGGCCGCUGCUGCCACGGCCAUAGUUAUGUAUGGUAGCGCACUUCGCAGGGAACCACCGCAUCUGGUGGAUUUUGUGGCGGAUCGGCCCUUCUUAUUUGCCGUGGUUGAGGAGAGGACGGGCACAACGUUGUUCCUUGGUCAUGUGGUUAAUCCUCUUGCUAACUGAGUAAAAUGUGGAAUCCUUUGGCUGUUGAAUAGUAUAUUUGAACAUUGGUCAUCCUUGGAAAAUUUGGUCACUCCUGUCCUGGUAACAGAAAUGUCCUAAUUCGAGGAGGCAGGAGUAAGUGCUGAUCUCCAUUAAAAAAGCUAAGAUUAUUGCUUGCUUUGCUUAAAGAUGGGGCUGGGCCUUGCUCAAUGAUGAUCCAA